AUGAAAGUUAGGCUUUUCGCUAUCUUGGGUGGAAAAUUCUUGGAUGAUAAUCAAGAAUGCAAGAAUGCAGGUGGCAAAAGGAAAAUUGAUAGAUUUGAAGGUGAAGGAACAUCUGAUGUUGCUGCGAAUAACAACAGGGGUUCUACAGUUGAGUCUUUAGAUGAUAUUGAAGAGGGCACAUAUUGGAAUCGUCUACCUGUUUCCGAGGAUUCAAAUUCAUGUACUCAGGGGGCACUAACUGCAUCAGAAAGAGCAAAUGGCUCUGGCUCUGCUGCUGAGAAUUUAAAUGUAAAGGUUAAAGGUGUGGAUCAGUUUGAAUCUUUUUCUUCUGCUGCUGCUGCUGAUGAUUCAUGUAGGUUUCCAGCAGAAGAAUUUCAACCUGUCCUCUGCAAGGCUGGUUUUUCAGUCAUAACAAAGGUGGAGGAUGCAGCCAACUCUGAUCUGAAAAAUUAUUCUCAAACUCUACUGCGUGCCUUAUCAGCAGUAGAUGUUUUCGUUAAUAUGUUUCAAGAACAAAAUAAAUUUGGUUCAGCAAGUAUCAUGAAGAAGUGGAUUGAUCGUAAACUUCCUUUAGAAGUGGAUCAUCUUAAAAUUAAAAAUUUGAAGGAAGUCAGUGAAUUGAAGACUAAAGAUUCAUUUCCAGAUUCGUACUUAAUUCUGAUCGAUGCAUUGGUUAUGUGCAAGGAAAUGGAUGAAGCUGGCGGUUCAAGAGCUCAAUAUGGGCAUGGAUGCAAACUCUUAUUUAUAUCAAUUUCAUAUGGUCCUAUCAUGCUUCUUGCUGAUAAUGGGGUUAUAGUUACUAUGGUCCUCAUCACUUGCCUUCUCUCCCAUUUUGGUCUCUACUACAAUGUUGCUUAUUAA